AUGACCUGCGGUUGCCGCCACUUCGGCGUGCUGGUGACCGAUGCACGUAGAGAUUUCGGCCUGAGUCCCUCGUGGCUUAUGGCUCUGCGUUUUGCCGAGAAUCUGUCGCUGGCAGCCCUCAACUUUGCAACACCGAAGAUUGCCUCGAAGCUCGGCCGCGGCUGGGCAGCUGUACUCUUCAUCUCCUCCGGUGGCCUCUUGAUGAUAGGCGUGGCCUCCGCACGCCAGGCUUGGCUCGCCGCGCUGCUCUUCGUCUGCCGGACGGCCAUGGGCAGGGCCAAUGUCCCAUGCGUGCAGUCCAUCAUCUUUGAGUCUGUUCUGCCAAAGCAUCGUGGGCGCUGGUCGGCGAUCACUUCCUUCAAGUCAGCCACCAAUGGCGCAGGGGCGUGGAUUGGUGGCUACUUGGCAGAUCGCACAGGCGACUACAGGACGAGUUUUUUGCUGACUGGUGCCAUGCAUGUGGCCAGUGCAGUCGUCUUCAUCCCAAUAGCCUGCAUGGUGCCAAGCUAG